CCAUCAUUAUUAUUAUAAUUUGUGACAAGAAUCAAUCAAUAAAGUCAUCAAUCUUCCAACUUCAGCUGAUGAUUAUGAUGACAAAAGAAUUUUAAAUCAUUAUUUGUGUAUAUGUCGUAAGAAGAACUAGAAGAAACCAUAACAACUCGAUUGAUCGAUAAUUUUUGGACUGAAAUUAUUGUUUUUUUUCUUAAAUAACAACCAACAACAACGACAAAAAUAAUUAGAAAUUUCGAAUUCGAGUUGGCCGUUCUGUUCUGUUGUUGGUUUUUAUUUCAAAAAACAAACAAAAAAGAAAGGAAAAUUCAUGUGAUACGGUUGGCGACAAAGUUGGUGGUGGUGGGUUAAUGAAAAACAAAAAAAAACAACAACAACAACAAAAAUUCUCAUUUCAAAAAACAAAAAAUUCAUUUGUGAUAUAUAAGAAACAUCAAGAGAGAGAGAAAACCAAGGAAAACGAAAAAGAAUGGCAUCACGUUUAGAUCGAUUAUUUUUAUUACUUGAUAAUGGUUCAACACCUUUAACGCGAAAAGCAGCUGCAUUACAAUUGGGUGAAGUACAAAAACUACAUCCACAUGAAUUGAAUACUUUAUUGAUAAAAGUACGACAAUAUUUGCAUUCAUCAUCAUGGGAAACACGUAUUGCAGCAAGUCAAGCUGUCGAAGCUAUCAUUUCGAAUGUACCGGAUUGGUUUCCAAAUGGAUCAUCAUCAUCCAAUGAUAAUAAUGGUGGUGAUGAACAACAACAGCAAAAUAAUGGUGAUGAUAAUGAUGAAUGUCGUAUGCGUUUCGAUCGUUAUGAUAUUCAAACAGUUAUUAAAUGUGGCCAUAAUUUACUUGCAUCCGAAGGAAAAGAUUUUGAUGGUACAAUGACCAAUGAUAAUUCUUCCAAUGUUAAUACAAAUAUUGAUGAUACUACUACAUUAGAUUCACGUGAAAAAAUUGCUCAAAUGCGUCAAUCAUUGAAUCAAAAAUUGGGUUUAAGUUUUGCCGAAAAAAUUGGUUUAAAAAUGGAUUUUAUUUCGAAUGCUGAUCUUAUGCAAUCUACUAUCGACGAAUCAUCAAAACAAUCGAUAUUGAAAGAAAAUGUAAAACUUGAACAAAUUAUACCGAAGGCACGUGGGCCAAUUGUCAAACGUAAAACAACCGCAUCCAAUGUCAAAAAUGAAGAUUCAAAUGAUGAUGAUUCAUCAGUGGUGGUCGGGAAAAAAAUUAAACUUGAAUCGAAUGAUGAUGGUGAUGGUGAAAUUCCAAAUGAUGAUGAUGUUAACAAUAUAUUUGAUGGAAAUGAAUGGCCAUUAUCAUGGUUUAGUGAUGAAUUAAUGUCCGAUUUAUUUAAUGCACAAUGGGAAAUAAGACAUGGUGCUGCAAUUGGUUUAAGAGAAAUUGUUAAAUUACAAGGACGUUGUGGUGGUCGUCAACGAAAUGCAUUAACAAUUAAACAAGAUUUACUUAAUCAACAAUGGUUAGAAGAUUUAUCAUUAAGAUUAUUAUCGGUAUUAGCAUUGGAUAGAUUUGGUGAUUUUUUAAGUGAUCAAGUUGUUGCACCUGUACGUGAAACAUGUGCACAAGUACUUGGUAUGAUUAUAAAAUUAUUAACAAAAAAUGGUGUUCAUAAUGUAUUAGAUAUUUUAUUACAAUUAUUACAAUGUAAUGAAUGGGAAGCACGUCAUGGUGGUAUGCUUGGUUUAAAAUAUCUAUUAGCCAUUAGACAAGAUAUGAUUGAACAAUUAUUACCAAAAGUAUUUGAACCAAUUUUUACUGGUCUUAAAGAUUGUGAAGAUGAUGUAUCAGCAGUUGCUGCUGCAGCAUUAGUACCAAUAAAAGAUCAAUUAAUGUAUUUAAUGCCGGAAAAAGUACCAUUAGUUAUUGAAUUUUUAUGGGAAUCAUUAUUAGUAUUGGAUGAUUUAUCAUCAUCAACUGGUGAUUUAUUAAUGUUAUUAUCAUCAUUAUUAACAUUUAAAGGUCUUUCGGAAACAUCGAAUAAUGGUGAUGAUAAUCAACAUCAACAACAACAACAAUUAUCAAUAUUAAUACCAAGAUUAUGGCCAUUUUUAUCACAUUCAUUAAGUUCAGUAAGACGUUCAGUAUUGGAAUCAUUAUUAAUAUUAAGUGAAAAAAAUUCAAAUGAAUGGUUAAAUUAUUCAUCGCUAUUAUCGGAUGCAUUACGUUUAUUAUAUCAACGGUCAUUGAUUGAAAAUCAUACAAUAAUAUUAGAUCUUUUAUAUAAAGUAUGGUUAAAUUUAAUAUCAAAAACAAAUUAUCAAUGUUUAAUUGAAUCAACCAGGAAUUAUGUAACUGGUUGGAUUUGUUUAAUGAUGCAACCACAAAAAAUACCAAUAGAUAUUUUAAAUACACCAGUUUGGUUAGAAAUUAAACAUAUUUCACAUCCAUUAUCAUCAUCAUUAUCGCAUCUGAAGAAACAUUCAUCAUUACAACAACAACAACAUUUAUCAUCAACAACAUUACCGGCUGAAAAUUAUUUUAUUGGUGGUACAGAAUCAUUAGGUGAAACAAGUGAAGAACGUGAACGUUGUACAAUACGUGCACGUUAUCAAUGUGCUAGGCUUAUUGGUGCUUUAGCUUAUUAUUUGACUGAAGAAAAUGAAAGUCAAACAUUAUCAUCAUUAUCAUCAUCAUUGAAUGGUACAGAAUCUUCUCAAACAGCAACAAUUGUACAGGAUCCACUUGAUAGUUUUGCCUGUUUGUUAUUGGUUCAUUUGAAUACCAAAUCAGCCAUACAACGAAUGUGUAGUGCAUGGGUUAUAAAAGAAUGGGCAAUAGCAAAAAUUCAACGAAAAGGUGAACAACAACCACCUUGGAUAAUCAAUGAUAAUGAUAAUAAUGAUCAAAAAACUAUCGAAUCACCACCGCCAUCAUUACAAUUACAUAAAAGAUUAGCAAAUCGUUGUAUUGAAUCAUUAGAAGAGCAGAUAUUUUUUGAUGAAAUAUCUGCAUAUGUUAGUCGUGUACAAUAUAAUUUUCGUGAUCUAUUAACAACAUUACGUACGAAUAAAAUUGAAUUCAAUGAUCAAGAAUUGGUGGGGAAAAAUGUUUAUACUUUUGUACAGAUAAAUUCGGUUAUUGAUAAUUUAAAAAAUCAUCAAUUAAUUGAAAUGAAACAAAAAUUGAAUGAAAAUCGAAAACCAAAUCCGAAACUAAAAUCAUUAAUCGAAUGUUUGGAAGAGAAAAUUUCAUUAACAAGACGUACAAUUUUGGAUUUAAAUCAAUUAACAAAUUCGUAUACGAUUGGUGUAAAAUCAUCAUUAGCAACAUCGUUAAUUGAAUGGCGUCAUUUACCUGAUCGUCUUAGUCCAAUUAUAAAACCAGUAAUGGAUUCAAUUAAACAAGAAGAUAAUGAACAAUUGCAACGUGGAUCAGCAUCUAGUCUUGUUAAACUACUUAAUAUAUUCUGUGAACGUACAUAUAGAAAUUCUACACAAUCAACACCAACGGCAAAAAUUAUCAAUAAUUUGAUUACAUAUCUAUGUUCGGAUCGUAAUUUUACACCUGAAGUACGUUCAAUAUUAAAUGAUGAUCAUAAAACAACAAAACAAAAUUCCGAUGCUCAAUAUGGUAUACUUGCAUUGGAAAAUAUGCAAAAAAUUGCUGAACAAAAUUUAACAUUAAGACGUUCAAAUUCAAUGAAUAUGAAAAAUAAUAAUCGAAGUAAUAAUCAAACAAAUGAUGAUUGUAAUGGUGGUAAUAAUAAUAAUAAUAAUGGAACAAUGAAUAUUAAUGAACAACAACAACAACAACAAGAUAAACAAGGUGAAAUACAACGUCGUGGUGCUACAAUUGCAUUAUCAGAAUUAUGUUGUUCGUUUGGUCAAUAUCUACCGAAACAAUUACCAUCAUUAUGGGAAUAUAUUGGAAAAAUAUCAUUGGAUCAACAAUAUCCACCAACAACAUUUGAUGAAAAUGGUUUGAAAUUAUGUCGCGAACUGAUACAAUCAUUACAAGUAUUUGAAAUUAUUGGUCCAUAUUUACAUCCAAAAUUAUAUUCAUUAUUAAAUGGUGCAUAUGAUUUUCUGAGUGAAUGUUUGAAUAAUCCAUUUAUAACCAUAAGGCAUAUGGCUGCACGUUGUUUUGGAAUGUUAUCAUCAAUCAAUCUAAAUGUUACAAUGGAUUUUAUAUUGACAAAAAUUUUAGAUAUGUUAGAAGCAACUGAUUCAGAACUGAAACGACAAGGUGCAGUUGAAACAAUAUAUUUUAUAAUUGAUAAUCUUUCAUUAAAAAUUGUACCAUAUAUUGUAUUAUUAAUUGUACCAAUGUUGGGUAGAAUGUCUGAUCAAACUGAAUCGGUUCGAUUAUUAGCAACACAUUGUUUUGCACAACUUGUACAAUUAAUGCCAUUGGAUAAUGAUCAUCAUCAACAUCAACAGCAACAGAAUUCAAUGAAAAUGAAAAGUAGUAAUAGUGGAACAACAAUCGAUUCUUAUAAAGAAGCAUUAUUAUUAAAUAAUGAAAAUUCACAUUUUUCACAGGAAUUAUUAAAACGUAAAGAAAAUGAAAGACAUUUUCUUGAACAAUUAAUGAAUAUAAAAAAAUUAGAUGAUUAUCAAUUACCAAUCAAAGUAAAAGCAGAAUUAAGACAAUAUCAACAAGAUGGUGUUAAUUGGUUAGCAUUUUUAAAUAAAUAUAAAUUACAUGGUAUUGUUGCUGAUGAAAUGGGACUGGGUAAAACAUUACAAGCAAUUUGUAUAUUAGCCUCGGAUCAUUACUAUAUGCGAAAACGUUUUUUUAAUAAUGAAUCAAAAAAUAAACCAUUACUUUCGUUGGUUAUUUGUCCACCAACAUUAACUGGUCAUUGGAUGUAUGAAGUUGAAAAAUUUAUUGAUGAAAAGUAUUUAUCACCAAUUAUGUAUUAUGGACCACCAUUUGAACGAUCAAAAAUUAAACAACAAAUUAUACGUGCACAAUAUUUGAUUGCCACCGAAACAACAAAAAAUCAUUAUCAUAAUUUAAUAAUUGCAUCAUAUGAUCUUGUUCGUAAUGAUAUUGAAUUUUUUUCAUCGAUCAAUUGGAAUUAUUGUAUAUUGGAUGAAGGACAUGUUAUUAAAAAUGGUAAAACAAAAUUAGCACGUUCAAUAAAAACAUUACGUGCAAAUCAUCGUUUAAUUUUGACUGGAACACCAAUACAGAAUAAUGUUUUAGAAUUAUGGUCAUUAUUUGAUUUUCUAAUGCCCGGUUUUCUUGGUACUGAAAGACAAUUUAUGUCACGUUAUUCAAAACCAAUAUUAGCAUCAAGAGAUGCAAAAAGUUCAUCAAAAGAACAAGAAGCCGGUGUAUUAGCAAUGGAAUCAUUACAUAGACAAGUAUUACCAUUUAUUCUAAGACGAAUGAAAGAAGAUGUUUUAAAAGAUUUACCACCAAAAAUAAUGCAAGAUUAUUAUUGUGAAUUAAGUCCAUUACAAUCACAAUUAUAUGAAGAUUUUUAUAAAAGUCGUGCUAGACAAACAAUUAAAGAUGAUUUAGUUAAUGAUUUAUCAUCGACAUCAUCAUCAAAAAUGGCCAAAGAUGUUGAAUCACCACCAUCAACGGUAGAUAUACCAAAAUCACAUAUAUUUCAAUCAUUACAAUAUUUACGUAAAGUUUGUAAUCAUCCAAAAUUGGUAUUAACCUCGACACAUCCAAAUUAUAAUAAAAUUAUGUCCAAAUUAAAAGCUGAAAAUACAACAUUAUCCGAUAUAAAUCAUGCAGCCAAAUUGAUUGCAUUAAAACAAUUAUUACAAGAUUGUGGUAUUGGUGUUUCACAGACCAGUGGUCAAGAUCAAACUGCAGCCGAACCAGUUGUUAAUCAACAUCGUGCAUUAAUAUUUUGUCAAUUAAAAAGUAUGUUAGAUAUUGUGGAAAAAGAUUUAUUAAAAAUACAUAUGCCAUCGGUUACAUAUUUGCGAUUGGAUGGUGAUGUACCGGCUGCAUCAAGAUAUUCGGUUAUACAUCGUUUUAAUAAUGAUCCUUCUAUCGAUGUUUUAUUAUUGACCAUUCAGGUUGGUGGUCUUGGAUUAAAUUUAACCGGUGCCGAUACAGUUAUUUUUGUUGAACAUGAUUGGAAUCCAAUGAAAGAUCUACAGGCAAUGGAUCGUGCACAUCGUAUUGGACAGAAAAAAGUUGUCAAUGUUUAUCGAUUAAUUACAACCGGUACAUUGGAAGAGAAAAUAAUGGGUUUACAAAAAUUUAAAUUAACAAUAGCAAAUACGGUUAUAUCGAAUGAAAAUUCAAGUCUUGAUUCAAUGGCAACCGAUCAAUUAUUGGAUUUAUUUGAAUUAAAAACCGGUAAUGAACGAAAAGAAAAUACCAUUAGCAGUAAUGGAAUGUCGUCAACAGAUCAAUCAUAUUCUGCCUCUGCAACUGGAUCCGUAUCAAUGAAAAUGAUGUUGGAAACAUUACCCGAAUUAUGGGAUACACAACAAUAUGAAAAUGAAUAUGAUUUGAAUAAUUUUCUACAAUCAUUAUCGAAUUUUUCUACCUGAACAACCAACCAACAAAACAUUUUUUAUGUGUGUAUAAAAAAUCACCACUAUUUAUCAUUCAUCCAUCCAUCCAUCCAUCAUCGAAUACUCAAUUUUUUUUU